AAUCUGAUGUGGCGAUGGCCGGAAAAUUCUGUUUUCCCGUUAUCUUCGAAGGGAAGUUGUAUAUUCUACGCCUGUUUGGAAUCCGGUAUAUUUUGAUCACAGAACAAUGAUGCGAAGGUAAUUAAUUAAACGCUCUUGACGGCGGAUGUGAAUGUAAGGACAAUGAUGUUGACACGCGGGAAAUUACAAGAAGGGUAUUACAAGAAAAGAAGAGAAAAUGUAAAAACAUGGAGGUGGUGAAGGUAGAGAAAGAGACUGUGAAUGGCGAUUUCUUUUCGAGUUGAGUCAGAGCUGAACAUGUCUGAUAUUGUUGGGAUUGGAGAGCAUUCUAGGGUGUCAUAACGUUUUUGAAAGUGCUGUGGCUUUUCCUACAACAGAUCGACCCUGUACUUGCUGAUUGGAGUGACUUCUAGGGCUCAUGAUGAUAGAUUUUGUGAACAACAACUUGUAAUCUGAAGCUGCAAUUAAGGGGAAAUAGGAACGUAGCCUUUGAAGACUUGGUUUGCGAACUGCCUUGUAUUGCAUGGUUGAACAUUUGAAUACUGCUGCUUUGCAAUUUUAGUAGUGGAAGAACACGAACAAAAUAGAGUUUGCAGUUGUGGCUGAAGAAAGUGAGAGGAAAGCAAGUGACAUGAGCCGUGCAAAUGAAAUUGAACUUUCUGAAAAGAUGGAUAUAAUAGAAAUUUCAGACGAAUCCGAUGAUUCUGCCAGCAAUAAUAAUGAUAUAGCAACUAUAGCUGAGGAAAUAGAGGACUCUGCAACGGAUAGGGACAUAUCGAAAGUAGCCAAUGGCUGUGAAAUUGAUGAGGAUGUCCUGUAUAGAGCAGAGAAAGCAGAUGAUGAUCCGUUCAAGUUGGGUCUGGGAGAUGCUGCAAAAGAAAUAGAGGAUCUCUUCACAAGCAUGGACAUAGAUAAUGCAGGGGAAGUGGAAGAAGUACCAAGUGACAUAGACUUAACAACAGUUGCAGAAGAAAUAGAAAGCAGUGAUGAUGAACCAGAUGUAACCAAGGGAUCUGACAAUGGAUUGUCAGAUACAGAACUAUGUACUUUCGUCAGGGAUACUACCAAAGCAUUCUUUGAUGAAUAUGGACUGGUAAGCCAUCAGAUAAAUUCUUUCAAUGAUUUUAUGACUCAUGGGCUGCAAAAAGUGUUUGAUAAUGUUGGAGAGAUUGAAGUAGAAUCUGAACAUAAUCCACAAAAAAGGACACUGGAUGUGAGAUGGAAUCGGGCAUCAAUUUCUUUUGGGAGGGUCACUGUGGAGAAACCUUCCUAUUGUAACAAGGAAGGAAAGCUACUGCCACUAAAACCUGCAGAGGCACGUCUUCGAAACAUGACAUAUUCAUCCCCUGUCCAUGUAGAAAUGACAACAAAACUUUAUUUCCAGGAAACAAAUGACAAGUCAAAGAGCAGUUCAAGUUCAUUCACGAAAAAUGCAGAAGUGCAAAAGAAAACAGUUCCAGUUGGCCGAAUUCCUAUCAUGGUGAAAUCACAACUUUGCUACUUAAGCAGUCUAAACUCUAAAGACUUGCUUAAAGAGGCUGAUUGUAUGUUUGAUGUUGGAGGGUAUUUUAUUAUAAAAGGGCACGAAAAGGUUUUUAUUGCACAAGAGGAACGGUGUACUAAUCGUAUUUGGAUAUCAAGUACUCCAAGCUGGAUGGCAAUAUACACACCUCAUUCAAGUGGUUUUACCUGGAAAAAGAACAGAGUUAUUGUCAAAGUGAUGAAGACAUCCAAAGAUGACAAAUGGUUUGCUGGAAGAGAAGUGAUUACUGUUAGUUUUUCAUCUAUUACAGUUCCAGUUGUUCUUAUGUUUUAUGCCCUGGGUGUGGAAUCAGAUUUUGAAAUGAUGCAAAUGAUAGACAAUGCAUUGAGUGAUUCUAAGAUGAGUGAGAUAUUGAUGUCAUCAAUUUAUAAGGCUGAGGCAGAGCUAAAAGAUUUUCGAAAAAAAGAUAAAGUUUGGGAAUAUAUUAAUGACCAGCUCAAGAAAAGCAAAUUUUCAAAAAGUCAAGACAUUGAAGAGGUUCUUAAGGCACACGUUUUUCCAUAUAUAGUGGGAUAUAAACAAAAAGCCAUGUUUUUAGGAUACAUGGUCAAUUGUCUUCUAUCAGCUUAUUUUGGUAAAAGACAUGUUGAAAACAAAGAUGACUAUAAAAACAAGAGACUUGAACUGGCAGGUGAGCUACUGGGUCGUGAAUUACAGGGAUUGGUUAGACAUUUCUGUAAUAGACUGAGAAAAGGAAUUCAAAGGGAACUCUCAGUACGUGGGAAUCUUGAAUCAAUGGAUAUAUACAAUGAUGCUUCAAUUAUCACAAAUGGCCUUGUGAGAGCAUUUUCUACAGGCAAUUGGUCUCAUCCUCACAAAUUCAAUAUUAAAUGCACAGGAGUUGUUGCAAAUCUCAAGUCAACAAAUCCAUUACAGACUCUAUCUGAGAUGCGUAGAAUGCGACUGAGGGUUCAAUAUGCUGCAAAGCUAGGUGAUGCAAGAUACCCGAAUCCUUCCUACUGGGGAAGAGUUUGCUUCAUCUCUACACCAGAUGGUGAAAAUUGUGGACUAGUGAAGAAUUUGGCUGUGACAUGCCUUGUCAGUUUGAAUACAAGUGAAAAACCUGUUCUUGAUGCAUUAAAGCAAUAUGGAAUCAUACGAGUGGAUCAACUUUCAUUAUCAGAUUCGAAAGAUGCAACAAAAGUUUUUGUGAAUGGAGAAUGGGUGGGGAUUCAUCACAAUUCCGAUUCUCUUGUAAAGAAGUUGAAAGAUCUUCGUAGGAAGCAGCGUAUCCACCCUCAAGUUGAAAUUAAAAAUGACGACAGGCAGAAUGAGAUCCGUAUUUUCACUGAUGCAGGAAGAGUUUUGAGACCACUUCUUAUAGUGAAAAAUAAAAGGUUAUGCAUAUUCAGACAGCAAUUUGAAAAUUUUAAGAAGAGUUGCAACCCUUUCAAGUAUCUUAUGAAAAGGGGCAUCAUUGAAAUAUUAGGUGUUGAAGAAGAAGAAGACUCUCAAAUAGCUUGUGGGAUUAAUAUUUUAAGGAUGGCUGAAAAGAACACAGAUUAUGUGCAAUUUACUCACUGUGAGUUAGAUCCAUCUUUUUUAUUGAGCCUCAAUGCAAGUCUGAUCCCCUUUGCAAACCGUAAUCUUGCAACAAGAACACUGUUUCAAUCAGAGAAACACUCAAGGCAAGCAAUAGGAUACUAUACAACAAAUUCCCGUACAAGAUGUGAUACCUCUUCACACCAAUUGUUUUAUCCUCAAAAAACAUUGUUUAAGACUAUGUCUUCUGAUUGUCUCAAGAAAGUGGAGCUCUAUAAUGGUCAAAAUGCUAUUGUGGCUGUUAAUGUUCAUUAUGGUUAUAAUCAGGAAGACUCUCUAGUUUUAAACCACGCUUCAAUAGAUCGUGGGCUGUUUCGAACCAUGCAUUUUCAUACAUUCACAUCAGAGACAGAUCAUGAUGACAGCGAGUCCAAAAAUUCAUCCAGGAUUGGAGUAGAUUUUGGAAAGCCAAGCACAGAAAACCUAAGAGUAGAUAAACUUGAUGAUGAUGGAUUGCCUUAUAUUGGUUCGGACUUAUACAGUGGGGAUGUAUUAAUUGGAAAGGUGAGUUCACAGCCCUCUGAUGCAAAUUUCAGCCUCAAGUUGAAGCAUACUGAACGAGGAAGGGUUGAUCAAGUAAUAAUGGCAAAUAAUGAUGAUGGAAGAAGGUUUGCAAGGGUAAGGUUAAGAGAAGCAAGAACUCCAUCUCUUGGAGAUAAGUUUUCGAGCAUGCAUGGUCAAAAAGGAGUUAUAGGGUUUAUAGAAGAGCAAGAAAAUAUGCCUUUUACAAUAGAAGGCAUUGUUCCAGAUCUUAUCAUAAAUCCCCAUGCAUUUCCUUCAAGACAAACACCUGGACAGCUUUUUGAAUGUGCCUUAUCAAAAAUAAUUGCGUCAAGUGGCAUUGUUGGCGAUGCCACACCUUUCAGUCCUAUCACCAUUGAAUCCAUUACUGAACAGCUUCACAGGUAUGGUUAUGAACAGUGGGGAAAAGAGCAGAUGUAUAAUGGGCGGACGGGGUAUAAAUUGCGGUCAAAGAUUUUCAUUGGCCCCACUUACUAUCAGAGGCUCAUACAUAUGUCUGAAGACAAAUUGAAAUAUCGGAAUCAUGGUCCAGUACACCCUUUAACACGACAGCCAGUUGCCGACAGAAAACGUCAUGGAGGGGUUAAAUUUGGAGAGAUGGAGCGUGAUUGUAUGCUAGCACAUGGAGCAACUGCCAAUCUGUUGGAAAGACUAUUCUAUUUAAGUGACUUCUCAAGUAUGCACAUAUGUAGUCAGUGUCACAUGGUUGCAACAGUGAUUCUCAAGGAGGGUAUAAGAGGACCAUAUUGUCCUUUUUGUAAAACUGCAAAAUAUGCUGUUAAAGUGAAUGUUCCUUACGCAUGCAAAUUGCUCUACCAGGAGCUCUUCAGUAUGGGCAUAUGUCUGAAGUUUUUGACUGAAUUGUGUUGACUAGUAAGCAGUAAGUUCAGGUUUAUUAGAACACAAAAAAUAUAACAAUCUUAGUCAUGAUACUUUACAUGGUAUAUUGCAGAUUAACAUUCAAGUUUUGACCGAUAUAAAAAACAUUCAAGUUUUGAGUACAAUAAUCAUGGCUAGAUUAUUCUUGAUAUGUAAAUGAAGAUAAGAAUAAUUCUAUCAAGGCUGAAGUUAGAUAUGUCUUUCUCAAGAAUGUUAUUAUUCUUAAUCUAUUGCAAGUCUUUGUGGGUUGUUAUU